AUGUUUUUCCCCACUCAUCGCAUUUCCAAGUUCCGUUAUGUUCUCAAAAAUUGUAUUAUCUGCUACAAAUUCGAUCGUCUCCUGAACUACGGAAAACCACAAUUCGAAACUUCACUUGAUGACUCAACUCGUUCGAAAUACGCGAAUCUCUGUGUUGAAGUACUCGUCGCAAUUGGAGCUGCCGUUAAAAAUGUUCAGAAAAUCACCACGUUUUUCGAUUCGCAAAAUUUGAAAGUUUCGAAAAUUUGGAUGACUCGAAUUCCGGAGAUUUUCGAAAAAGUAACGAUUGCAUACGAUUAUCCGACGUGUUUUGACGUGGCGAUGGCACUGGAUGGAUUUCCAUUGAGGUAG